AAACAACAUGAUAUCAGGGUCUAUGAGCAUCUUAAUUGAAUCCAAGAAGCCUCAUACUCAUCACUCCCCUAAGCUUUCAGACCCUUUCACUGAGUUUCAUAAGGAACCAACUGGCAACAAAUCCAGAAAUAUCGAAGUAAACUAGUUUCAGGAUGGUUGAGCCUGAUGAAAUGAUUGAAGAUGAAGUGUUUGUAGACAUCAAACUAACAAACGAUGAGAUUGUUCAAUGGGAAAUUAUGCAACAAAUGAGCAUAGAGUGUUUAAUAAGAAAGAAGAAAUCACUAAGAGCACGCUAUACUUAUGGCAUUAUCUUCUCAUUAGUAAAUCUUGUAGCUUGGUUUCUACGUGACUAUGGCCAAAGGGUUUCCCUUCACUUCCACAUUCUUAAAGGCCAUGACUGUUUCCAAACAAUGGGAGUUCUUCGUGUUAGCUUGGGAUGCUUCAUAUAUUUCUUUAUGUUGUUUUUGACCACAUGUGGAACCACGAAAUUAUUCAAUAUUCGUAAUACAUGGCAUUCUGGAUGGUGGACUGUGAAAUUUGGUAUAUUGGUGAUCAUUUUAGUGUUUUCGUUCUUCAUACCCUCGGAUUUUGUUCAAUUAUAUGGUGAACUUGCUCGAGUUGGUGCAGGGAUCUUUCUCCUCCUUCAGCUUGUAAGUGUAAUCGAGUUCAUAGCAUGGUGGAAUGCUUACUGGAUGCCCGAUGAAAGAAAGAAGCAAAGCUCGUGUUGUGGAUUAUUCAUGUCAACAUUGUUCUAUAUGGCUUCUUUAUGUGGGAUCAUUGUAAUGUAUGCAUUGUAUGCAUCAAAACCUUCAUGCACUCUCAACAUAUUCUUCAUUACCUGGACAACAGUUUUGCUUCUUGUCAUGAUGAUUAUAUCCUUGCACUCAAAGGUGAAUAAAGGUCUUUUAUCAUCUGGGAUCAUGGCAUUUUAUAUCGUUUUUCUUUGUUGGUCUGCUUUAAGAAGUGAGCCAGCAAACGAAAUAUGCAGCCCUCAAAAGCACGAAAACAAGCAUGUUGACUGGAUAACUGUGCUAGGUUUCCUGAUCGGGGUUUCCGCUAUUGUCAUUGCAACAUUUUCCACCGGGAUGGAUUCACAAACAUUUCAGCUAAAGAAACAAGAAGAUCAGAUGGAGGAUGAUAUCCCGUAUAAAUAUGGCUUCUUUCACCUGAUAUUCUCUUUGGGUGCUAUGUAUUUUGCUAUGUUGUUCAUCAGCUGGAAUCUUGAUAGCUCAACCAGAAAAUGGAGCAUUGAUGUCGGGUGGACAAGUACAUGGGUGAAAAUCAUUAAUGAAUGGUUUGCAGCCACAAUAUACUUAUGGAAAUUGAUUUCUCCAAUUGUGAGACAACCCAAGAUCAUGAAUCAUGAAGAACCUACGCAACAAGAACAGCUACAGAAUUCAACAUGAGUUUGUUAAUCAUGAAGAACCUAUACAUGCAAUAAGCGGGGUUUCACCGGAUAUAUAAAUUUAAUUUGUUUAUUUUAUUAGGUACAAGAAUAAUAUCGAUUUUUUUUAUGUUAUUUGUAUGUAUGGUUUUGUUAGAACCACUACAACAUAAAGAAUGUAUGGUUUAGAUGGAUUUGCAGGUUGAAUAUAUGUAAAAAAUGACAACUUUAAGUUAAACCAA